AAUACUAACUUUCCAAAAAGCCCAUUACCAACCUAAACUCAUCAUGCCUCCUAGAAAACAAAAUCCUCCUCAUCAACGAGCUGUUUGGGACAUAGAAAUGGAAGAACUACAUCAACAAAUUCAAAGGCUUCAAGAAAGACUCGAAGCUUUUGAGGGACAACAAGCUCAACACCCGCAAGAUGAACCACAUGAGUCAGAGGAAGAUACUGAUGACGAGAAUCCUUUCCAUCACCUAAGGGAUAAUGAAAGCUCAUCAUCAAUAGAAAGAGUUCGUCGUCGACGAUGUCCCCAACAAAAUGCUGCUCCCAAAUCCACUGACCUUGGCAUCAAAAUUGAUAUUCCAGAUUUUGAAGGUCGCCUUCAACCAGAUGAAUUUAUCGACUGGUUGCACACUGUGGAACGUGUGUUUGAACUCAAGGAUAUUCCUAACAACAAGCGUGUGCAGCUUGUCGACAUCAAAUUAAAGAAACAUGCAUCCAUUUGGUGGGAGAAUCUCAAACGCAGUCGAGAAAGAGAAGGCCGCAACAAAAUUAGAACUUGGGAGAAAAUGCGUCAAGAACUCACUCGUAAGUUUUUACCUGACCGUUACUACCAAGAUAAUUUUGUUAAAUUUCAUAACUUGCAGCAAAAAUCUUUGACUGUGGAGGAAUAUACUAUGGAGUUCAAACAAUUAAUGAUAAAGUGUGAUGUUCGGGAAAAGGACGAGCAAACCAUAGCUCGAUAUCUUGGAGGAUUGGACUAUGUCAUUUCCAAAGUUGUUCAACUUCAACAAUAUUGGACUUUGGAUGAUGUAAUUCGGCUAGCAUUGAGGGUUGAAAAGCAAAUCUCAAAGAAGAAUAUCCCUAGUACAUCAAAACCGCGGGAUUUUGGAGCUAGCAGAGGGACUCAAGCCUCAAAAACUGUUGCUAAGACCCCUACCAAGACUGAGAAGGAAGUCAGCUCGAGCCGUCAAGCUCAAUCUAACACUCAAAAGUGUUUCAAGUGUCAAGGAUUUGGCCACAUAGCCUUCGACUGUCCAAAUAGGAGAGUUGUCACCAUUAUCGGAGGAGAAAUUCAUGAAGCCUCAGAAGAUGAAGCAGAAAAGGAGCAAAAUUUGGAAGCUUGGAUAAGCCUCCAGAAGCCUCCCAAAAGCCUCAUUUUGCUUUCUCAUGCCUUCCUUUUCCACCCACAUCAUUUUCUUCCUCUUUUCUCCACCAAGGUUAAGGUGCUUUUGUUAGAUCAGUAGAUCGAGGUAGCAGCAUCUCGGUUUAGGAGCUUUUGGCACGGGACUCGCGUGCUCGUUGUAUGUACAAGCUAGGGCCUCGUGUUUUCGAUAAGGGGGCAGAUCGAUGUGUUACCAAAACCAUGACUCAGCUUUUGUUUUUGAAAAGCUUUGAAGAAGAAUUUGCCUCGUAUAAUUUUUGUGUAAAUUAGCUUUCUGUAUAAAACCUUUAAAUUAAUUAUAAAUGAGUUUAGCUCAGCUUAUUUUAUAACUUUGAAUAUUUUGGCAUUUUCCAAUAUAUAUAUGAUAUUCUU